UAGGAUUUUGACACUUUGAAUUUGUGUAAUUGUGUAAUGUGUACCCAAAACGCCUGAAACUUUAUUUGUUAUUUUAUUAAUUAAGUAUACAGAUAUUAUUAACAUUAAAAAAAUUAAAAAUAUUUAUAAACUUACUGUUUUGUAAAAAGGGGCACUAUGGGUGAAGUAACGUUUACAACUAGUGCUUAUGCAAAAAUGAUUCUUCACGCAGCCAAAUAUCCGCACUGUGCUAUAAACGGCAUCCUUCUCGCGGAUGGUAGUAAAGUUAAAGAUGAUGCUAAAAACCCAGACCUUGAUAUUGUGGAUGUUAUGCCCUUAUUCCACCAUAGUCAUAACCUAACACCAAUGGCUGAAGUUGCUCUAACACAGAUAGAUAACAUGGCUCAGACAGAUAAUCGUAUAAUAGUAGGAUAUUAUGCUGCUUGUGAAAACUAUAAUGACAGCAGUGUAGAGAAGUGUCCAAGUACAAAAAUUGCUGAGAAAAUAGCAGAAUACUUCCCAUCUGCAAUUUUUGCUGUGAUUGAAAAUAAGAAGUUAGCCAGAAAUAUGACAUCACCAGCCUUAAAAAUUCAUCGAUUUAAUGAUGGAAAGUGGAAACUUCAAGAAACUAGUAAAUUAUUGUUCCCUCCCCCUCUACAGCAAUCGGAAGUGUUAGAGUUAGUGUCACAUCUACUUCAGUGGGAAGCAUUUAAGGAUUUGGUUGACUUUGACAAUUAUCUAGAUGAUAUGUCACAAGAUUGGAGCAAUGUUGGUAUUGAAAAGGUGGUUCAGAGGGUUACAGAAAAAUUUGAGCCUUAACAACAUAAUUGUGUUAGUCAAAUUCAGCUUACUUAUGAGCAUUUUUUCCACUACACUACUUUUGCAAUUAGCCUUUAAGAAAAGUUUUUAAUUAACUUAAUUUAAUUUAUGGCCAACUGCGUGGACACUGGGUUACUGGGAUUCAUAAUACUAUUAUAUAAUAAUACCUGGUUUAAAGUAUAGUAUAAAAUAUAGGAAUGAUAAUUUGUUGUUAUUUUUUGUUUCUAUAUAUUGAAGCAAUGUAUGAAAU